AGAAGAUGAACAUAGGUCGAUAGAUCGAAUACAGAGGGAGAGAAAAGGGCUGGAAGAGCGAAAAGAGACGGCAAGAGGGCGGACGGAUAGGGAGGGAGGGUGAGACGGGUAGGGGGACCAGAAAAAAUCCGGGGAUUUACGCGGAAAGGGCAAAAUAUUCCCCGCCCAGGCUUCAUUCAGCCUCCGAUUACGGGGUGGCUUUGGGUGAAAAGCACGCGCUCCCAUUGGCCGAGGGGCUAAUAUGGCGGUGUUAGGGGUUGCAAGGUGGGGCUGGUGUACGCGAUAUUAAGGGCUGCUUUCAUGUCUGACGAGCCAGUGCGUGGUGCGCCGUCGAUUGACGCAUUUUCCGUCGAGAAGGUGGAGAACGACGUUCGGCAUCCUCCUGUCUCUCCUCAUUCCCUAUCUUUCUUUCGUUCGCACGUUUCCUUUCGCGUAUCUUCUUCCGCCUGGAUCGCGUUCGACGGAGGCACACGCGACUCGGCGGCAGAUUCAAUUUGCGCGCGUGCCACCCGGGACGGGAGAAUCUAUGAUUUGUCAGUGAUUUUCGUGGGUCAAGGACUGUUGUUUCGCAUUGAUAUUUAUUUGCGAAUCGCGGAAGCUGACGUCAGUGAUUUCCGAAGGCGAGCGACUUCUCAGAUAUGGCCCAGACUUAUAAUCAGAAGAGAAAUGUGUACAGCAUCGACCAGAUAUUGGGUCACGGCAAAGACGAAGACCACGCGACAUCGUCUGACGCUGUGGUUGACGGUGGCGAUACGGAGCUCGGUCACCUGAGCGACCAUCAGAUCAACGACGCGCUGCACGAUCCCUUGAAUCUGGGUGAAUCUGAUCGGCCACGCAAGGUGCGGAGAUCGCGCACGACUUUCACGACCUACCAGUUGCACGAGCUCGAGAAGGCCUUCGGGAACACUCAGUACCCGGAUGUGUUCACCAGGGAGGAGCUGGCGAUGAGACUGGACCUUUCAGAAGCCAGAGUACAGGUGUGGUUUCAAAAUCGGCGUGCAAAAUGGCGCAAGAAGGAAAAAGCUUUAGGCAGAGAUACGAGUUUUAUGCACGUCGAGCAAGGUGGUGUUAACGAGUUGUCCCUUCACGCGCGGUUGCUGCAAACGGCGAGCGGUGUCCCCGGCGCGGAUUCCUCGGGCCCGCCGACGGGCGCGUUUCCCUGGUUCAUACCUCCGGUUUUUCCAUCGCCCUGGCCACCGAGCGCGCCCAAAUUGCCGCCGUUGCACGCGCUCCUGUCGCAAUACAUCGGCCUGCCGUUGCCGCAGAACCUGGCGUCGCUCGGCACGAUGCUCCCGGUCGGCCUGAAUCCGAGCUCGUCGCUGAACCAUAGCAACGUGAACGGCCACUCCCUGGGUGGUCACUUGCACGGGCAUCCUCUGAACCUCGGGGUGCAGAGCAUACCGCAAAACCUAAGCUCGAAGAACGACAGGGAGGAGGAUUCGGCGUCGUCCGACGACGAGAUCAGGAAGCAGAGCGCGGAAGUGCUAAGAGUAAAAGCGGAAGAGGCGCUACGCAAGGCGGACAAUUAACUGUGAGAGCUUAUGGAUUUUUGUAAAUACGAUGAAGACGAACCUUUUCGGUUCGUUCAAAAGCCAUUUGAUACUAACGUAAAUAUUUUGCUCGGCCGUGAAUAUCCGCGAAUCUACAGUAUCCUGUAUGCGUCAGAUUUCGUUUGUCAGGCUGCAAGGAUAUGAUUCAUAUCAUUCAAAUUCGAUGGACAUUUUAAUUUUAUUGUGUAUCCCAGGAGUAAAUGUUUUCGCCAAUAAAUUCUAAAGAAAAAAGAAUGAAGGAAACAGACCCCACCAUAGCAAAAUAUCAAUUAAUAAAUUAUUUUUCUCUGGGACACACUGCAGGAUCUGGACUUGAGAAUUCGAAUAGCGUGUAUUCAAGUAGAAAGCAAAUAACAUUUGAUACAUGUUUGGAUAUUUGUUGUUACUUUAUAUUAAUUUUGAAGGUGAUAUUGUUAAUUUUGAAGAUAAUCGAUCAUCAGCGUUGUCCAAUCAGUAGAUUGUUAAAUGAUUUGCACAUCUUCAGUGCUAAUUAGAUAUUGGCAUAAGCAAUAAUAAGUUUACUGUACAUCACUUAUCAAACAAUAAUUGGUUGCUGAUUGAAUCUGCAGCCCUUUGAUUUAGAGUCGAAGUUGAUUAAAAAUUCGAGAAUCGCAAAUCAGUUUUAUUCGAACAUAUUUUUUUUCGUAAAAAAGCAAGCUCGAAGUAAAAACGAGAACAUCUAAUUUUGAAUAAUAUAAUAAUUAAAAAAAAAAAUUUUAACAAAAUGUAAUUUCUCUUAUUCAUAGAAUUAUUCAACCAAAGUGACAGAAUCGUUAAUUUUAUUUUGUAAUAGAUAAAAAAUAGACAUUUCAUUCAUGAAUUAUUUUCUUAAUAUACUCUACAAAUAUAUUAAUAUAUAUUUGUUAAUUAUCUUUUACAUAUAACAUUAUUUAUUAUUAAAUAAAUAAUAUAUGAAACUAAUAAGGUGCGCCGGAAAACUACAGACAGUUAGCAGUUCAUGAUGAGACAUUUUGAUUGCUUAUUUUUAUUCGCUUUGCAGCGAAACCCAAUGAGAUUUAAUAGAUAGCAAUGCACGCAGCGCCGCACAUUAUUAUAUAAUGGGCGGUUACAUAUUGUUAUUUGCGCCGUAAUUGUUUAGUAUUGCUCGAGUUGCUGUUCAACGCCGACAUGUAACAAUCUAUUUCAUCGAUGUCAAAAACUGAUUACAUUUCUCUGGGUGAAUCAACGUGUAAGGGCUGAUCAGACCAAUCGAUGCACUGAGCUGCUAACCAGAAUUGUUUGAUAAUGCUAAUUUAUAAAUUUGAUUUGAUUAUGUUCAAAAUAUAUAUAUAUAUAAAAAUUGCAAUAUAUUAUAUUUGUCCUGUGUCACAAUUGCCUUAUUCUGUGUGUAAAAAAGAUAGCUGAAAAGCAGCCGCGGAAAAUUUCUUCCAAACGAUCAAGUGCCGUACAGGAUCGCCGGUGUAUGUGUCAGGUGAAGGGAGAAUGAGAGGGGAGAGUGCGAGGAAAUUUUGUAAAAUACAUGUAUCAUACGAACAUUAGAUAUACAUCAUGUACACAUAUGUAACAUAUAUAUCAAUAUAGACUUUAUGUAAAUAUGUAGGCUUACCCAUUAAGUAAAGAAAUAUAUUAAACCUAUGAAAAGCAAAA